AUAUAUAUACGACGGCAGAAGAAGAGCUUACGAAUUCUCAGAUCAUCCGGAAAAGAAAAAAAGCAAAAACGGAAAAUGGCGGAACAACAAGGAGGAGGAGCAAUCGUCGGUGGAACUCGCGAUGUUGAUCUAAAUGCUAACGAUCUUCAAGUCGAGAGUCUCGCUCGUUUCGCUGUCGAUGAGCACAACAAAAACGAGAACGUGACAUUGGAGUACAAGAGACUCCUUGGUGCAAAGACACAGGUUGUGGCUGGAACAAUGCACCAUCUCACUGUAGAGGUGGCUGAUGGUGAGACCAAGAAGGUCUAUGAAGCCAAGGUUUUGGAGAAAGCCUGGGAGAAUCUCAAGCAGUUGGAGAGUUUCAACCACCUUCACGAUGUUUAAUUCCUGACCCCUUUCUGUGUGAUCUCAAACCACGUGAUAAGAGUUCCGGUUUAACUUCUUUAAAAUAAGUGAAUGUGAAUCCCAGUCUUAUGUGUUUGAACUUGUAUCGUCUGUAUCCCUUGGCUUUCGUUUCUGUAUUGCUAUUACCAAACUCUCACUUUCUAUAUCUAUUUCCCAUGGUUUUACAAAUGAUUAUAAUUCCCAUGA